AAUUCACAUUCUCGACAUUAGCAAGUGUUUGUUUACCUUCUCCUUCCGUGACAUUUUGCUUGAGGGCUGCCUCCUCUCUCUCGUCUUUGUUUCUUUAAAAACCCUCGCAACGCUUCACAAAGUGAAGCAUUAGACACCGUCUGUGUGGCCGGCUGCUAGCGUUCUCAGUCCAGAGUUGGGAGCAUGUUUACAUCGCAGACGUCGUCGUUCCAAGAUUCCAUUGAUGUGGAGGAGAAGGACGACUUCGACAGCGAGGAAAUUGCCGCGUACGGCCAGAAGACCCAAUUGAACUGCUAUUAUGCCAUUUAUUUGUACGAGGGCACGAGGUCGGAGACUACCGAGGAAAAUGUGGCUUGGAACCAGAGACGCGCAGACUCCACAACCAGUCAGGAGGACUUUAGCUUGACUCUGAUUGACAGCAGCUUGCCGAUGGAGGCGGAGCCUGAGCUUCGGACGUAUAUCUCAAGGAGGCUGAGCAAAGGAGCCCUGCUCGGAGGCAUGGGCAACAUCGCCACUGUGGAGCUCAGCCUUCCAGAGCAGGCAGUGGGCUGCUACUGCUGCCUCCUGGAGCAGGAAAGAUCUCCAGAGCAACCCGAUGCAGACGGCAACGGACACGUCAUCUGCUUCUUGGGGGGCUCCGAAAAAGGACUCAACUUGUAUAGGCUAGAGCUUGAUAAGUAUGUCCAAGGCUUGCAGAGCAGUCUGCAGACACCCGAGCUGCAAAACCUGGAAACGGAGCUUCGUCCCUAUCUGAGCCGCUGGUACGACGAAUCUGUCAUGCACAUUUACCGUGUGCUGCAGCUGGUCCAGAGUAACAUCAGCUUCCUGCUGCAUGCCGCUUUGAGUCACAAUCACGUGGAGGUCACCAACGCGGACGACAGGACGAAGGCGGACGUGUCCCGGUUCAUCAAAGCGGCCAGCUUGCAGGGCCUGUCGCAGCAAGACUCCACAGCGACCUCCCUCUGCAAGGCCAUGUCAGAGGACGCGCAUUCCCACCUGACCGUCGACUGCGCUGACACGCCGCCCACCCUCACCAACACGGUCAGCAACCGUUUCUGUGAGGACUGGAGUCAGGCCUUUUUGAAAGCCGCAGAACGGGCCAACCCCUUCCUCCUCAGACAGAUCCUGGAAAACUUCAAACUGAAGGCCAUCCAGGACAUGAACAGCCUGAAGCGCUUCGUGCGUCAGGCCGAGAUGAGCCACUACGCUCUGUUUCGCUGCUGCCAGUUCCUGCAGGGCUGCGGGAACGGCGACGUGCUGCUGCAGAAUGCCCGGGCGGAGCACAGCGACUUGCCUGAAGCCUGCCGCAUCAUCGCCGUCCUCGAGGAGUUCCUCAGGGAGCAGUCGCAGGCCUGAUUGCCAUUCAAACACUUGAGUACUGCUCCCAUGUUGCUUCCUGACAUACUAAAUGCAUUUUGGCAGCGGAGUAAAAUUUAUUUACACUAUCUAUAUUACCCUUUAAUGCUCCUGUGAAUGUGAAACUUCAAAAAAGUUAAAAUUUUGUUGUAAAGUAGGAUGUGCAUAAUCUUUAAUUCUUCAGAUGUGUAUAUACUGUAUGAUAACUGAGAUAAUUGACAAAUGUAUCCAAUUUAGGAAUUCCUUUCUUAAGAUAAGAAUUGUUAUCUUAAGAUUUUUGUUUAUUUUAUUUAUAUUGAAUUUCAUUGUGAAACCAAUUUUGCACAUUUUUUUCAACACACUACUAAUAUACAGGGUGUCCCAAAAAUGUUAGAUCAUUCCAGAGUUUAAUGACAAAUACGUCUGACUCAAAUGAUCGCAAAUUCUAACAAGAUGAUUGACGUUUUUAAAAAGAAAAAAAAAAAAGCAUUUUUCUUUCUCUUAAUUUAAAACAGUUGCCAGGAUUUAGUGAUGGGCAAAUGAUACAGCUUUGGUUUGGCGCCAUACUAGCUAUAUAUAAAUAUUUGAAGAGUGCGAGUAAAUAAACCCUUAAGCAACAUGUAACCUUUAAUAUAAAUUGCAUUUAUUCUUUGGGUUAGUCUGGAAUGUGUUUUAAAGUAUGGGGGAAUCGCAUCAGCAUAUUUUAUUGUAAUGAUGAUAUAAUAAUUAUUUGGAAUGAAUGAACAAAACACUUGAAUGACCAUAACAGACUUCAGAACUUUCAUUGCUGUCAUGGGAAACGGUGCAAAUGCUUCAGUCUAGCUCUUUAGAGGUUGCUGUGGCUUCAGUUGUCCACCAGAUGGUAGUCUUAAGUUUUGAAUCUUUUUCGGCACAAUUGUUGGGAAAGCCUCAUUGCUUCACUUGCCCACCACUACCAGGAUUCUUAAAAAAAUUUCUUUGACAUGAUUUUAUCAAAACCCGUUAAGGUUAAAGAAUUACACCAGUCUUAUCCACUGGAACCCACAUUUUUUGGUCGGCUGUUCUGUAUCAUGCAUAUGAGCCGCUGCUCACUCUGAUGCAGAGUAUGACUUUUAUUACCAUGACAACAGUGGGCGGAGCUUAGGUUUUGUCAACAACUCCAUUUAAUGUAAAGCAGCCCCAAAGUCUAAAGAGAAAAGCAAGCCUCCAUAAAGAAAGCAUAAUUUGUAUUUUUGAUUGUGGAGGCAGUCCUUUAUCAUUAAAUUUUGUAUCUUUACAACAUGAAUCCUACUUAAUUUUGCUUGCUUAUAUCAGUACUCAAAGAAAAAAAUUUUUUUUGAGACACCCUGUUAUUUUAAAACUUGCAUGUGAUUGCAGUUAAAGGUCUUUUUGAAAACUAAGAUGUCUGUGCAUGUUACAAAUCUAUGUGCACAAAAAAAAGGUGACAAAUUUCACACCGCACUAGUUCAAUUGUGAAAUGUGAUUGUGUUCUGUGAAUCUACACUAUGACAUGUAAAUUAAGUAUGGAUGGAUGUGUAAUAAACAUCACGUGAUCCA